AAGAAGGGGCGGGGGCCUCUUCUUUCUCUUGCUGCUGUUCCAGGAAAAGAAACCAAAUUAAUGAGAUUUAGAAAUUACAUAUUUGUAUUUCUAAAUAUCUAUAUAACAGAAAUUUGAUUACAUAUGAUAGUAUGGCAUUGGCAGACAGCCUCUCAUUUCAUCAUCACCCCGUCUCUUUCACUGUUGCUCUCUUUUUCUUCUCUUAAACUCUCAUCAUCUUUUUACUACCAAUCUCUCUCUCUCUCUCUCUCUCUCUCUCUUCCCACUAUAUAUACACACACACACACACCCCUCACAGAUUCCCUGUCUUUAGCGCACAGUAAGUAGUAGGAGUACUCAUGGCCGAGGGACUUGAAUCGUAUCAUGUCCCACAACAAAGCAGAAGAGAUAAGCUCAGAGUAAACAACCAUUCACCUGCCUGCCUUGAUAACCUCCAAUCUUGUUGUGCUCCUUUACUUUCUGCUCACGAUCCCCCACUCAUCUCUUCAGAUUUCAACCUCCACCGCCAAAGUUUCAGUCUUGCUCCGAAUACUAACGCUGGUGUGAAAGAAGAGGGCAUGAAUUUGAUGGGUUUUGUGGGAGGAAAUCAUCAUAUGUAUGUGGAUCCGCAGUUAGGUCCCCUACAGUUAAACCCUACCUCUAUUCAAGAUAUUAGCGGCAGCCCAUGUGUGUAUGCAGCACCAUCCCCCCACUGUUAUAGAGGACUACUUCUUGAUCAGUCUUUUCAUGGAAACGAAGUUGUGGUGUAUAAGCCUGAUCAGACACUGUCCAUACCCCAUCAACACCCCAACCCCAACAGUAGCACCGCUGCAACAAAUGCUCAGAGUUUGUCUUUGUCUUUGUCUUCCCACCACAGUAACAAUCUUCCUCUGGAGCUCAAUCUGCAGAGAUACGAAUCUUCCAUGUUUAGCAACAACAAGGUUAGUGGAGGGUUACUCGUUUCUUGCAAUGGUGGUUCCACCUCAAUUCAGUUGUCUAAGAGUUCAGUGCCUUUAGGGCCCUUCACUGGCUAUGCUUCUGUGUUGAAGGGAUCAAGAUUUUUGAAACCUGCUCAGCAGUUGUUGGAAGAGCUUUGUGAUGUGGGUAGGGGAAUUGGAAUUUACGCAGAAAAAAUUGGAGCUGAUUCAUUUUUGUUAGACCCUCCUCCAAUGGAAAGUUUGAGCGGGAUUGUCGAUGAUCCUUUGAAUUUCAGUACUGACGGAGGUGAGCAAACUAGAAAGAAGUCAAGGUUACUUUCAAUGCUUCAUGAGGUGUACAAGAGGUACAAGCAGUAUUACCAGCAGAUGCAGGCUGCUGUAGCAGCAUUUGAGUCUGUUGCUGGACUCAGCGGUGCAGCUCCAUUUGCAAAUUUGGCUUUAAAGGCCAUGUCUAAGCAUUUCAGAAGUCUAAAGAAUGCCAUUACAGAUCAGCUGCAGUUCACAACUAAAUCUCAUGGCAAAAUAAAUUGUGAGAGGGAUGAAACUCACGGACUGGAGAGUUCUGGAAAGAGUACUUACGGCGAAAGGACGUUCCAGAGCACGGGAUUUAUCGAUCAACCUGUCUGGCGACCACAAAGAGGACUUCCUGAGCGUGCUGUUACUGUCCUUCGGGCCUGGCUGUUUGAGCACUUUCUGCAUCCUUACCCGACUGACACCGACAAACUAAUGUUGGCAAAACAGACGGGUCUCUCGAGGAACCAGGUCUCUAACUGGUUUAUCAAUGCAAGAGUGAGGCUUUGGAAGCCGAUGGUGGAGGAAAUACACAUGCUUGAAACGCGACAGAGCCAAAAGCCUUCCCAAAGAGAGGAACAACCUCCCAAUAGGCUAAAUGAUCACUUGCCCACAAGCUGCUCCAUUGAGUGUGAAAAUGCAUCAACUUCCGUCCAGAGAAUAGGAGAGAUCCCUUCGAAACGUAACCGGGAGGACCCAACCGGAACUGCUACAAGAGGAAACGAGGGGCCAAUGAGAUUCUCAUACGAUAAUUUGUUGCAUAAUCCUUGGCUGGGGGUUGGUGUGAGCCACACUGGGGGUAAUGGGGGUGUUUCGUUAACUCUGGGCCUUCAUCAGAAUGGUAUGGGAUUAUCGGAUCCCUACCCGAUAAAUGCAGCUCGUCGCUUUGGUCUGGAGUCGCAGGGGGACGGAUACGUGGCGAGUGGGUUUGCAGCACAAAAUCGACAAUUUGGACGAGACAUCAAUAUGGAUGGACAGCUUAUGCAUGAUUUUGUUGGGUGAAUGUGAAUGUAUUAAUGUGUUUCUGAAGAUGGAUGGGUAACUUAUAGCAGAGAGGGGUUCUAUUUGAUGAUGAUGUGAUCAACCAUCUGAAUUUCAAGAAGCUGAUGGUUAGAUGGUUGCCUUUACUCAAUUGUAGAAGAUGAUGUCAUUCUUGUGCAAAUUAUAUAAUUAUAUAUAUAUAUAUAUAUAUUCAUUAUUUAAAA